AUGGGUAUCCCAAAAUUCUUCAGAUAUAUCUCAGAAAGAUGGCCCAUGAUUUUACAACUCAUUGAAGGAACACAGAUUCCUGAGUUCGACAACUUAUACCUAGAUAUGAAUUCGAUUUUACAUAAUUGUACACAUGGUAACGACGACGACGUAACUAAGCGAUUAACCGAAGAAGAGGUAUUUGCCAAAAUCUGCACGUAUAUCGACCAUCUUUUUCAAACAAUUAAGCCCAAGAAAAUUUUUUACAUGGCUAUUGAUGGGGUGGCUCCUCGUGCGAAGAUGAAUCAACAAAGGGCUCGUAGAUUUAGAACCGCUAUGGAUGCAGAAAAAGCUUUGAGAAAAGCUAUUGAAAAUGGUGAGGAAAUUCCCAAGGGAGAGCCAUUUGAUUCGAAUUCUAUUACUCCCGGUACGGAGUUUAUGGCCAAACUGACCAAAAACUUACAGUAUUUUAUUCAUGACAAAAUUUCCAACGAUUCCAAAUGGAGAGAAGUGCAAAUCAUUUUUUCCGGUCAUGAAGUUCCAGGUGAAGGUGAACACAAAAUCAUGAACUUUAUAAGGCACUUGAAAUCUCAAAAGGAUUUCAACCAAAAUACAAGACAUUGUAUUUACGGUCUUGAUGCGGAUUUGAUUAUGUUGGGUUUAUCCACUCAUGGGCCUCAUUUUGCUUUGUUAAGAGAAGAAGUCACGUUUGGCAGAAGAAAUAGUGAAAAAAAAUCACUCGAGCAUCAGAAUUUCUACCUACUACAUCUCUCCUUGUUAAGAGAAUACAUGGAGUUAGAAUUCAAAGAAAUUGCAGAUGAAAUGCAAUUUGAGUAUGAUUUUGAACGUAUUUUGGAUGAUUUUAUUCUUGUUAUGUUCGUGAUUGGUAAUGAUUUCUUGCCCAAUUUGCCUGAUUUACACCUGAAUAAAGGGGCUUUUCCUGUUUUGCUACAAACUUUUAAAGAAGCUCUUUUACACACUGAUGGCUACAUUAAUGAACAUGGUAAGAUAAAUUUAAAAAGAUUAGGCGUCUGGUUGAAUUAUUUAUCUCAAUUCGAACUAUUAAAUUUUGAAAAAGAUGAUAUAGACGUUGAGUGGUUCAACAAGCAAUUAGAAAACAUUUCUUUAGAAGGUGAAAGGAAAAGACAAAGGGUUGGUAAAAAACUACUGGUUAAGCAACAAAAAAAAUUAAUCGGAAGUAUAAAACCAUGGUUAAUGGAGCAAUUACAGGAAAAAAUAUCGCCUGAUCUACCAGAUGAAAGCAUUCCAACUUUAGAAUUGCCUAAGGACUUAGAUAUCAAAGACCAUUUAGAAUUCUUAAAGGAAUUUGCUUUUGAUAUAGGUCUCUUCAUAACGCAUUCUAAAUCCAAGAAUAGUUAUUCCCUUAAAAUGGAUCUUGAUUCUAUUAACCCUGAUGAAACAGAAGAAGAGUUUGAAAAUCGUGUUAAUACUAUUAGGAAAACAAUAAAAAAAUACCAAAAUGCAAUCAUCGUGGAGGAUAAAGAAGAAUUAGAAACCGAAAAAACCAUCUACAAUGAAAGGUUUGAACAUUGGAAACAUGAAUAUUACCAUGACAAAUUAAAGUUCACGUCAAACAGUGAAGAAAAAGUAAUGAAUCUUGCUAGUGACUACGUUGAAGGUUUACAAUGGGUUCUGUAUUAUUAUUAUAGAGGAUGCCCAUCUUGGUCAUGGUAUUAUCCACACCAUUAUGCACCAAGAAUCUCUGAUUUGGUCAAAGGUUUAGAUCAAGACAUUGAAUUUGAUUUAAGUAAACCUUUUACUCCAUUCCAGCAAUUAAUGGCUGUCUUACCAGAAAGAUCAAAGAAUCUGAUACCUCCUGCCUUUAGGCCAUUAAUGUACGAUGAACAGUCACCGAUUCACGAUUUUUAUCCAGCUGAGGUUCAACUGGAUAAGAAUGGUAAGACAGCUGAUUGGGAAGCUGUUGUUUUGAUAUCAUUCGUUGAUGAAAAAAGGCUAAUCGAGGCCAUGCAACCUUAUUUGUCCAAGUUGUCACCUGAAGAAAAAAAUAGGAACCAAUUUGGUAAGGACUUGAUAUACUCUUUUAAUCCUCAAGUUGACAACAUCUACAAGAGCCCAUUGGGUGGCAUUUUUUCUGAUAUAGAACACAACCAUUGUGUUGAGAAAGAGUAUAUCACUAUCCCAUUAAACAGCUCCGAGAUUCGUUAUGGUUUAUUGCCUAAUGCUAAACUCGGUGCUGAAAUGUUGGCGGGUUUUCCAACGUUACUGUCUUUACCAUUUACUAAUUCAUUGGAGUACAAUGAAACGAUGGUUUUCCAACAGCCUUCUAAACAGCAGUCAAUGGUUUUACAAAUAACUGAUAUAUAUCAAACGAAUAACAUUACUUUGGAAGACUUUUCGAAGAGGCAUCUGAACAAAGUUAUUUAUACAAGAUGGCCAUAUUUGAGAGAAUCCAAAUUGGUCUCUUUGACAGAUGGUAAGACUAUCUAUGAAUAUCAAGAGUCUAAUGAUAAGAAAAGAAUCAGAUUUGUAUCAAAACCUACUGACGCUCAGGACAAGAAGCUAUUUAACAGUUUGAAGAAUUCAAUGCUAAGGAUGUACGCUAAACAAAAAGCUGUUAAAUUAGGACAUGUGGAAGCUAUUGCUACUGUUUUUCCUGUGACUGGUUUAGUAAGGGAUUCUGAUGGUGGUUAUAUCAAGACUUUUAGUUCUACCCCAGAUCACUAUCCAUUGCAAUUAGUUGUUGAAUCUGUUUCCAACGAAGAUGAAAGAUAUAAGGAAAGAGGACCAAUUCCUAUCGAAGAGGAAUUUCCAUUAAAAUCGAAAGUUAUCUUCUUGGGAGAUUAUGCUUAUGGUGGCGAAACCACCAUUGAUGGUUACAGCAGCGAUCGCAGACUGAAGAUUACUGUAGAAAAGAAGUUUUUGGAUAGUGAACCUACCAUUGGUAAAGAAAGGCUACAAAUCGAUCAUCAAGCCGUCAAAUAUUACCCAUCUUACAUUGUAUCUAAGAAUUUGCACCUGCACCCAUUGUUUUUGUCUAAGAUUACUUCUAAGUUUAUGAUUACUGACGCUAAUGGUAAGCAUAUUAAUGUCGGUAUACCAGUUAAGUUUGAAGCUAGACACCAAAAGGUUUUAGGUUACGCAAGAAGAAAUCCAAGGGGCUGGGAGUAUUCAAAUUUAACAAUAAAUGUAUUGAAAGAGUAUAGACAGACAUUUCCUGAAUUUUUCUUCAGGUUGUCAAAGGUGGGUAAUGAUAUACCAGUUUUGGAGGACCUUUUCCCUAAUUCCUCCACCAAGGAAGCCAUGAAUUUUUUAGAUGGUAUUAAGCAAUGGCUGAAGUAUGUUUCGUCGAAGUUUAUUGCCGUAUCUUUAGAAUCAGAUUCUUUAACCAAAACAUCUAUUGCUGCUGUGGAGGAUCACAUAAUGAAAUAUGCAGCUAAUAUUGAAGGACAUGAAAAAAAGCAGCUGGCUAAAGUUCCUCGCGAAGCCGUUUUGAAUCCAAGAUCAUCAUUUGCACUUUUACGUAGUCAAAAAUUCGAUUUGGGUGAUCGUGUUGUUUACAUCCAAGAUUCCGGUAAGGUCCCAAUUUUCUCAAAGGGUACUGUUGUGGGUUACACCACUCUCAGUUCAUCAUUGUCCAUUCAGGUCUUAUUUGAUCAUGAAAUCGUGGCAGGUAACAACUUUGGCGGCAGACUACACACAAAUAGAGGGUUAGGUCUUGAUGCCUCUUUCUUGUUAAACGUCACUAAUAGACAAUUCAUCUACCACUCAAAGGCUUCCAAGAAGGCUUUGGAAAAGAAAAAACAACCUAACAGCAGAAACAAUAAUUCCAAAGCUGGUCACAAAAAUGCGCCAAAGCUGCAACCUGAGGAAAAGCUAAGAAAAGAAAGAGCUCAUGACUUACUGAAUUAUAUUAAAAAGGAUUCGAAUGAAAAGGGUUCCGAAGGAGGAGAUAACAAGAAUGUGGUACCUCAAGGAGAUUCUAAACCUGUCAAAAAAACUAUAUUGAAAAGGCCAGCUCAGAAAACCAGCGAAGGUCAGCAGCAAGUUGAUGUGACCAUUUCUGAAAAAGUUCCACUUAAUAAUCCAACCGUUGCCGGCUCUAUUUUUAACGCCGUAGCAAAUCAAUAUUCCGAUGGUAUAGGCAAUAAUUUGAACAUCCCAGUUGUACCUCAUCUAAUGAGUGUUGCUGGAGGCCCUAUUCCUGGAGCGAAUGAUGCUGUUGAUGUCGGGUUGCCUUACAAUAUCCCCCCCAGUUUCAUUGCCCAUCCUAAUGGUCCUCACCCGCUGCCUCUCCACCAAAUGCCUUACCCUAAUAUGAAUGGAAUCUCUAUUCCACAAUCACAUGGUUUCAGUCAACCAGUUCCCUUCCCUCCUCCACCUCCUAUGACCAGUUUUUCAGAACAAGGAACUCAGAUUGUCGUCAAUGAAAAAGAAAGUCAGGAUUUGAAAAAUUUUAUUACUGGUAAACAGAAUGGUAAUGGUUCGAGUAUAAGUAAACAAGCCAAAGGUAGUAGGAAACAAGAGACUAAACCCUUUUCUGGUACAAACACUACCGAAUGUCUAUCGCCAAAGUCAGGACACAAUACCGCCAAACUUGAUAGUAAGAAGGAGGAGUCUCAUUGA